AUGGCACCUGAUCGUACGGUACAGUCCGGCAUUACAGCUGACGAACUUCACGAGUGUCAGCGAGCAAAGCUUGCGGCUCAAGCCAGAAAUAGUACAAACAUUGUGCUCGAACUGGACAGUGAGACUGGAGAAACGCUAGAUGUAUGGUAUUGGCCAGUCAACGAUAACGGAGCGCGUGUCGUCCCUUCUGACCUCGCAGCAUAUCGAAAAUCCCACCAAUUCCGAGGACCUCACUGUCUAUGUGCAUUCAUAGAUGACCAUAAUCCCAAUGAUCCCCGUGAGGCAGCAAUAGUGAUGUCAAAACGGGGACUGCGUACAGGAGAGUACAUAGCCUGUUGUGCCUUGAGCAAAUGUGGAUAUGUCAUUUUCAUUGAGCAAACAUUCAAUUCAUGCGGAUUGCCUGUAAAGCGUUACUCGCGACGAAGCCCUGACGAGGCCAGACCACUAGAUAUCGUGUUUGUUGACGGAGAAGGCAUGUCCAUGGAGAAACUUACAUGA